AUGGAGAAUUCCGAGCCAGAGUCAAAGAGAUCCGGAGUGACCCGUUUGAAAUGUGGGGCCUUCAUCCUCGGAAUCCGACUCAAUCACGCAAUUAGCAACUCCCUCGGCCUGAAACAAUUCCUAGAGGCAGCUACGGAACUCGCACGAGGCGCUGGUGCGCCGUCUCAGCUGCCAGUUUGGCGGAGAGAGAUCCUUAAGGCGCGAGACCCGCCGCGGGUGACGUGCACGCACCCUGAGUUCGAGGACACCGUCGACGCUGGAAGUGCGGUCGCAAUGUCAGACCCCACCAACAUGGCGCACGGGUCAUUCUUUUUCGGCCCGUGGGAAGUGGCGUCGAUCAAGCAACACCUCCCUCACCACCUAGUCCCGAAAUGCUCCACGUUCGAGCUACUCACGGCGUGUCUAUGGAAGUGCCGCACGAUCGCGCUUGAAGUCGAGCCGGACAACGUCGUCCGCCUCUCGUGCGUGAUCAAUGCACGAGGCCUCGAUGUGCCUCGUGGUUAUUAUGGGAGCACGUCGGUGAAGGCAACUGUACUUUCAAAGGCGGGCCAUCUGUGUACUAGUCCGCUGGGGUACGCAGUCGAGUUAGUGAGGAAGGCCAAGGAGAAGGUAAGUGAAGAAUACAUAAGGUUCUCUAUCGAUGCGUCGGUAGUCAAGGGAGGACCAAAGCACACAACCAUUUGGGACUACGUGGUCGCCGACACAACCAAGGUUGGGUUCGAAGCGGUUGAUUUCGAAUGGGGGAAGCCCGUGUACGCCAGUGUCGCUGGUGCAAUUCCUUUGACAAUCAUCUAUGUGAAAUACAAACUGAGAGUGUGA